AUGAACGAGCAAGUAGCCGGAAACGCCGUGACGGGGUUGCGGGUACCCAGAAAACGAAAGGAACAUCUACCGGUCCAAGGUGGAGAAUCAGUAAAACGUCAAAAACAAAACAACUCUCACAAGCCACCCAAUAACAUCUCCCUGAGCGACAUUGGCGUCAGAGAAGACGUCAUCGAGAGACUUCUUGAGUUUGUGUUCAUGCCUCUAAUCCACCCAGAGUUUUACCUUCAUAUGGGAGUAGACCUCCCUCGCGGUGUACUCCUCCAUGGACCCCCUGGCUGCGGUAAAAAUAUGCUAGCAAACGCUAUUUCAAGAGAGCUUGGGUUACCGUUUAUCGCUAUUUCUGCACCCUCAAUAGUAUCAAGAAUGUAUGGAGGGUCGGAAAAGAUGAUUCGGGAAAUUUUUGAGGACGCUCGAGAAAUAGCCCCUUGCUUAAUAUUUAUAGACGAGAUAGAUGCAAUAGCCCAGAAGAGGGACAACACCGAGGGGGAUAUGGAGAAGAGAAUUGUUGCCCAGAUGUUGACCUGCAUGGACGAUCUUACAUUGGAGAAGACUGGUGGGGAACCUGUUAUGAUUAUUGGCGCAACAAACCGACCCGACAGCCUAGAUCCAGCAUUGAGAAGAGGUGGAAGAUUUGAUAAGGAAAUUUACCUUGGUGUGCCAGAUGAAGUUGAAAGAGAGAAGAUAUUGAGGGUGCUAUGCGAGAAGUUGAGGUUAACAGGGGAUUUUGACUUCAAAAAAUUGGCCAGAGCAACCGCCGGGUUCGUUGGAGUUGAUCUAAGUGCUUUGGCAAGAGAGGAUGGCAUGGUAGCAAUGAGACGAAUAUACGAAACCCUUGAAACCCCAUCAGCUUCUACCGACCCUUUGGAGCAACUCGAUCCACUUUAUAUAACGUUCCCAGACUUUCUGACAGCCCUUACGGAAAUUCAACCCUCAACCAAGAGAGAGGGUUUUACAACAGUCCCUGAUGUUACCUGGGCAGAUGUUGGGGCCCUGAAGUCACAUAAGGCUGAAUUGCAGAUGGCCAUCGUGCUGCCAAUCAAGAAUCCUGAAGUUUUUGCUAGUGUAGGGCUCACUGCACCGUCUGGGGUACUCCUUUGGGGCCCUCCAGGGUGUGGUAAGACCCUGUUGGCAAAAGCCGUUGCAAACGAGAGUGGGGCAAAUUUCAUCAGCAUCCAGGGUCCCGAAUUAUUUAGCAAGUACGUCGGGGAAUCAGAACAGGCUGUCCGUCAAGUCUUCUCACGUGCCCGAGCUUCCAUUCCAUGUGUCAUCUUUUUCGAUGAGUUGGACGCUCUAGCUCCUCCUCGCGAUAACAGUUUUUCAGAAUGCUCGCCGCGUGUAGUUGAUACUCUUCUCACCGAAUUGGAUGGCUUCAAUGGCAGCAAGGGAAUCUAUAUUAUUGCGGCCACUAAUAGACCCGACAUGAUUGAUCAGUCAAUGCUCAGACCAGGGAGAUUGGAUACGCUUUUGUUUGUUGACCUUCCAAACGCCGAGGGGAGGGUUGAAAUUUUGAAAAAUAUCACAAAAAAUACACCCCUCUCCAACCUCUCCAACUUCGAUUUAAUCGCUAUUGCGAAGCAUAAAUGUAAAAAUUUCAGUGGAGCGGAUCUAGCAGCAUUAGUGAAACGGGCCACAACUCUUGCGCUUCGACAGUCCUGCUUCACAGAAGCCGGUAAAGUUAAGGAAGGCAAAAAUGCUAGCAACCUCCAAGUGGUGGUCACAAAGGAGCAUCUCGAAAAGGUAUCCGCAAAAAUCAGGCCUUCAGUAUCAAAGGAUAGUAGAGAGCAGUAUCAGGAGAUAGCAACUAGAUUUGGUCCGGAGGAGCAGUAG